CUUAUUCAUGGCCGUGCUUUUAUUUCCAUUUUCCUUUUUUCUCCUUUUCAUAUAUUUAAUCAGCCACACGCUAUUAUUCAUCCCUUCGUUGAAACUAAAACAAAAGUACAAGACAAAGCUAAUUAGUGUAUAAACAGGAAUAUACAAAUCAAUUCAGAACACCCACAUAAUCGUACCUUUGUUUCUUUCAUGAAGACAGAUGCCAAUAGAAGGGUGAUGUGUUUUUUUCAAAUAAAAUACACUGCUAUUAUUGUUUUGGGCAUUUUUCUUUUCUUCUGGGGAAUCUGAUUCCUCAGUAUAGUGGUUGAAAACUGGGAAGAAAGAAAACUAGAAUUUUGAGGCGUGACUGGGGUACCCUAUAGGCUGUUUGAUGAAAUGCGCGAGAGGGGGUUGUGUUGUAUAGCUGGUGAAUUGCAUUGAGCUCAAGGUGUUUGUGAAAAGUUCUGAUUUGUUUCUGGGCAUUGAAGGUUGGAAAUUGAGGUGUUGUUUUUUGGGGCAUGUGAAUUGCGUUGGUAGAGGAUAAGAGAGGAAAGGGGAUGGCAAGGGACGGGAGCGUAGUCCCUGCGGACCCGCAGGCGAUGGCGUUAGUGAAGAAGAAGACGCAGUCAUCGCGAAGUUGGAUUCUGUUCGAUGCAUCUGGGCAAGGGUCUCUUCUUGAUGUGGACAAGUACGCCAUCAUGCACAGGGUUCAGAUUCACGCUCGUGAUCUCAGGAUCCUUGAUCCCUUGCUCUCUUACCCUUCCACCAUACUUGGUCGUGAGAAGGCCAUUGUUCUUAACUUGGAGCAUAUCAAGGCAAUUAUCACCGCUGAAGAGGUAUUACUGCGAGAUCCAACGGAUGAUAACGUGGUCCCUGUUGUCGAGGAACUGCAAAGACGACUUCCUCAAGUAGGUUCUGGUCAUCAACAAGAAGCGGAUGGUAAAGAGUACAAUGUUGGUCAACAUGAUAUGGAAGGAGCUGAAGAAGAUGAGUCACCCUUUGAAUUUCGGGCUUUGGAGGUUGCUUUAGAAGCCAUUUGUAGUUUCCUUGCGGCACGUACAACAGAAUUGGAGAUGGCUGCUUAUCCUGCAUUGGAUGAACUUACCUCUAAGAUUAGCAGCCGUAAUUUGGAUAGAGUUCGAAAAUUGAAGAGUGCAAUGACUAGGCUGACUGCUAGGGUGCAAAAGGUGAGAGACGAACUUGAACAACUACUGGACGAUGAUGAUGAUAUGGCUGACCUCUACUUAUCAAGAAAGUUGGCAAGCGCAUCACCAGUUAGUGGAUCACGUGGCGGUGGUGGUGCUUGGUUUGCUGCUUCCCCCACCAUAGGAUCAAAGAUAUCCAGAGCGAGUAGAGCAAGUCUAGCCACAGUUCAUUUGGAUGAAAAUGAUGUCGAAGAGCUUGAAAUGUUACUUGAGGCUUAUUUCAUGCAAAUCGACGGCACAUUGAACAAAUUAACCACGCUUCGCGAGUAUAUUGAUGAUACUGAAGAUUAUAUCAAUAUCCAACUUGACAAUCAUCGAAACCAGCUCAUUCAGUUAGAACUCUUCCUUAGCUCUGGAACUGUGUGCCUAUCCUUCUUUUCCUUGGUGACUGCAAUAUUUGGCAUGAACAUUCCAUAUACGUGGAAUGAAAAUCACGGUUACAUGUUCAAAUGGGUAGUUAUUAUCUCUGGAACAAUUUCUGCCGUUACCUUUCUGUUGAUUAUUGCAUAUGCUCGUAAAAAAGGGUUGGUUGGAUCAUGAAAAGAAUGAAUGAAUAUUGACUUGCAGUGCCUUGCACUGUUACAUUCAAGAUGAUUCAAGGUUAAUUAUCUGCCUGGAUUCAAGUACCUUAAAACAGAUUAAAAGUUGAACAAGUUAAUAUUUAUAUGCUUUCAUUUCAAUCCAAUACUACAUCUUAGAUAGAUGUGAUUUUUUUUAACCUCCUAUUUUCCCAUUUCCUUGAUAUACAAUCCGACUAAAAUUUUUGAGUUUGUUGCUACAGAAAUUCAUGUAUUCUUGACUAUUGAGCAAUAUUCUACGAAUUUGGAUUCUCUAAAUUUUGAAUUUUCAAGUAAAGUAUGAUCUCUUACCUUUAAAUGAUUUCUCUUUAUUUUCUCUUGGUCCCACCUAUCAAAUAAAUGGUGAGAGAUCACACUUUAACCUCUAAAGUAAAAUGCAAAAUUUAGAGGAUCCAAAUCCAUAUCCUACAUAAAAUAGAAUGGAAAUGGGUUUUAGAUUUUGAUAUGUAUAUAUGGCAGCACUCUUCCAGACGUC